AUGUAUCUACCUUCGACGCUGCCGCUGGUGGACAAGCUACAACAGUGCCUAGAAGCCUACAACAGUACUCCACAUAGCGCUACGGGAGAAGCCCCCACGGAGAGGUUCCUAGGGCGACAACUACGUACCGGAGCCGAACAACCCGUGGCCGUUCCUCCGCCAGAAGGGGAAGUUCCCUUCAACGUCGGUCAGCAAGUAUGGGUAUUGAAACCUCCACAUGAACGACGUGCCGGUGAGCGCUUUAAGCCUUCCAAGUACCGCGUUGUCACUUCGUCUACUCAUGCUUCUACUUUGGAAAGAGUUGCCGACCCAUCGGUCCAACUCUUGAAUGUUGCCAAUGAUCGGAUCAUCUCCGCCCACACCGAGGAAUGUCCUGAGAUCAUUGAUGAAGACAAUGGUUCUGACCAUUCUGGUGACCUUACUAUAUCGUCUCACUCUGUCAGCUCCGCGUCGGUGCGCAACGACCCGGUAUCUGACGGAGUCCAACCAGAUCCGAAUCGGCAGGCGGAGCUCCGACCAGAAGGUGCACCAGAAGUACAUGGUUCGACGAGAACGUUACGUCAUCGCCAUGUUCCCGUACGGUUUAUUCCGGGUGGUAACCCGCGAGAGACUAGUUUCGACAGUGAUGGAUAUCCUAAAGAGUAA